AUGACUGAUUCUCCCUCAGACCGGUCUCCGGCGGAGUCACUUCGUAUUUCACCGAGCUCCAGAGCUAAUUUGGUUCGAUAUCUCGACUCACCCGGCUCAGGCUCCUCAAGGCUGCCCAGCAGCCUGCGUCAACACGGAUCAGGCCGCCGUCCAUCUCUCAACUUUGAAACGAAGAAGCCUGGUCCUACCCGCUUCCAGCUACCGAAGAUUGAGCCGUCGGAUUGUGGACCCUAUGAGACUAUUCAACCUGACGAGGAGCCAUCGCCCGAGGAAGUAGAUACUGGCCUCCUACCAGACACUCCCAGUGACUCCAGCAUCCUUCUAUCAGAUCUGCUUGACCAUCUGCAAGAGGAAGCAGCCCUGUCUUCCAGGCCUGAUUUCAAGCCGGCAUUUGCGAGCUCAUAUAGCCCUUCAGACUAUUACAGCAGUGCAGACGAGACAGACAGCUCUUUCAGAGAAUCCAGUGAAAUCCCCGGGACUCCUGAAAACCUCGCCUCGCCCCUGGAUGUGAAAAUUCCCGGACGCACACUCAGUCAGUCUUACAAGCAACUCGUUGAACAUUUUCCACUGGAUGUGAACUGUGAGACUGUGACCACUCGGCAAAAUAGCAUUGCUACGGAGUCAGAAAAUAGCUCUGUGUUUCACACAGAUAUCAAGGCGAACCCACCAGCUACUCCAAGUCAAAGCCGACGAAAAGACCCAACUACUCCCCCCACGCUGCCACUCUCAUUUCUUGGACCCUUCCCAACUCCUUUCUCUCACCGUCAAUUCCUUGUGACGUCGUCCCCUGAGUAUUCGUCACCCCCCAUCUCUUCUUCAUCGCCUCGCCUUCCUCCUUCACCCUCCCCUCUGCCUCGUCGCCGCCUGCAAAAGAAAAUUGCUACAAGCACCUCCAAGCUACGCCUUCCUGAUAUCUUCAAGCAGCGACGGGCCACGAACAAGCUCUAG